AUGCCAACGGUGCGUGAGGUUGAGCCCCGCACGUCGGGGUCGACGCAUUACAUCGUGUGCACGGUGCAGGGCCGGCAGUGCCUUGCCCCGCAGUCGCAGCCAAACAACUUGGCCCUCACUUUCCUCGUCAAGCUGGACCCACGGAGUGGGCAGGAGUUCUACGUCAACGUCGCGACGAAGGCCAAGUCGUGGGAGCUCCCCGACGCUGCCGCGGAGACUGCCCUCGACGCUUCGCCGAGGGACGGCGACGCGGCGCCCUCCCCGCCGGCCGCGGUGACGGUCGUCGGCACACGCUACGAGUUGGCGACGGCCGACGGCGGCGAGCGGUACGUCCCGCAGCGACUGCCGUUCGAGCCGCUGCCAGUGCAUUGCUGGCGGCCGGUGUGGGAGGCCUCGGAAGGUCGCUUUGUCUACGAAAACUGUGAAACCGCGGAGCGAGUUGCGAAGUUGCCGCCGCUUGAGUACUACUGCGACGCGGUCCGGCAGCUGUACGAGUUCUACGGCAUUGCCGGCUCCUUCGUUGACGCCCUUCGUCAACACUGCGGCAACGAGAGGCGGCUGGUUGAGUCCCUUUCGAUUGAGUACGGGCCAAUGCCGCUGAGGAGCGAGGAGGCGAUGGAGGUGGCCGAGUGUUAUUUCCACCGGCACGACAAGUCCAUGCUGGCCGGGAUGGAAGGCCUGCUGGCGCAGUGGCGCGGAAACGAGAUUGCGUUCGUGGAUGCGCUUUACGAGGAGUACGGCAAACGCCCACGCACCACACGUGAGCGUGUUCGUGCAAUGUACGCCCAGUACCACCCGGCCAAGCUGCCCUACUGCGAUGAGGAGGUGGAUCGGCACAAGGAACACGAGGGGGAGCUCCUCGAGGCGCUGGAGCGGCAGCUCGGGCCGGAGCUUAUCAAGGAGGAGGAGCCCCUGGAAGGCGUCACACAACGCGUGCGGUGCCAGCUUCUCAAAUACGACCCUGCGCGCGUCGCAGAGGUGGAGAAGCUACUCGUCAAACACAUGGGCGCCGAGGUGCAGCUGCUCGAGCUCCUUGUGCGCCACUACGGCCCUGAGGUGGGCCCCGCGGAGAGGGAGCAGCUCCUCAAGGGGCCUGCGCACACGGCGUGGGACGACGCAGAGGACGUGUGUGGCGGAGACGGCUGGAAAGUCACGGACAGCGCGCCGUCGGCGGAAGCAGCUGCGGCAGCAAAAGUGUCCGCCGCACCGGCAGCGGAUGAGAUGCACACAGGGAGCUGCGUCUCCGACAACGUGCCUCAGGGGAGCCUCAACGCCAAUGUCCUGAAGGAUUCUUUGCCACGCAUGAAGUUGUUUGCGGAGGAAUCGGCGCCGGCGCCACGUGUCGCCCCGCCAACCAACAACGUGACGUUGACAGCGGAAUUGAGUGCUGAAAAUAUCACGCCUGAGGCACCUCCACGCACAGCCGCGGUUGACCACGCGGCUACGGCUUUGUGUGAAACAGACGACACUGUGCAGCAUCCGCAGCUUGCGCCCUCUGCACCGCAGGAAGGCGGGAGCCCUUUACUACCGAACUCCUUUCCGCAUGCAAAUACGGUGUGGAGGAAGCACACGGAGAUUCUGGAGGUUGAGCGGAGGCUACGUGAGCGGGAGUUCCAAAAACAGCAGGAGUGCAUGCAGCUGGAGGAAGAAAAGCUGGCAAGGGAGUUUGAGGCACAUCAGCGCCUUGUCGCGCUUGAAAGCGAGCGACGUUGGAAGGAGGAGGCGACGAGGAUGAUGGAGGUCGCGCAAAGCGCCGCACAACACGCAGUGCAGGAGCUGACGCGCCUUCAGCAACGCCAGGACGAGGAGUCUGGGGGCAAGGAGCGUGCCGAGGAUGUCGCCCGCCAACAAGAGCACUGCCAAGCCGUCGAGGCCCUGAAUUCCGCCAAUGAGGCCCUUCUGGGACAGUUUGCGCAUAUGAAGGCCCAACUGGAGGAGGCCCGCGCCUCCGUUGAGAGUUACGCGGCGCGAAAUGAAGAGCUUAGAACCGAAAGUAUGCGCAUGGCAAACAAGUUUGCUGAGGUGCAGCGCCAGUACGAGUUGGAGCUGCAGGGAAUGCGCAUUCACCUUGACGACACGCGUGUGCGGGCCGCCACGAGGAUCAGUGAGCAGGAUGUCAAACUGCUCCACCUCAAGAGACAGGAGGAGACGGCCGUCGCUAACAUGCUUCGCGAGCUUGAGGGAGAGCGGCGCAGCACCGCUGCGGCAAAGGAGGCGUGGGCGCGUGAGAAGGCGGAGGCGCAGACAAGCAUUGCCAGUUUGCAGCGGCAAUUGACGGCAGUGACGGAGGAGCGGGAAGGUCUCAGGGCGACACUUACUUCACGCGAGGCUGCUCUCAGCGCGCGGACGAAAGAGUUGGAGGAGCUCUACGGUGCUCUGAGACACCAGAGGACGGCAAAACGGGGGGUGGCGAGUCAAACGGAGUCGGUUGACGUUGGUGCUGUGUCCGCGGAAAUGCGUGCUGCGGAGGACCCCUUCCAUGCUUUGAAUGCCUCGGCCUCACCCUCUACGCAACUCACUCACGCGGUCAGUGCCCCGCCGAAGGCAGGGGACCUGCAGGAGGCCUUUAACGGGAGCCAGCGGACGGUGAUGGAGUUGUUGGCUGAGAGGGAGAAAAUGAUGGCGGAAUGCGAGCAGGCCCGUGUAGUCACUGCGUUGCUGCGGCAGCAGGUGAAGUCACUGGAGUGCACGGUGGAGAAGCUUGAACUGCGGCACUUGGCGGUGCCUGACAUUCCUGUCUGUGCCACGGCGCAGGAUGUUGCCGUUGUCAGCCUCAAGGAGGAUCUAGUGAAGGUGGGAAACCAACUGCUCAAGUCCGAUGCGGAGUCCACGCAGCUGAAGCGCGAGAUUAGGGACUUACGAAGCCUGCUUUCUUUGUACAUGUCCAACGCGAAGAAGUAG